AGCUUCACAGCAGGGAGAAGCCCUACAAGUGCUUGGAGUAUGGGAAGAGCUUCAGCCGGCGCUCCAACCUGAUCCGCCACCAGUGGACCCACACUGGGGAAUGGCCCUACGAGUGUGGGGAAUGUGGGAAGGGCUUCAGCUGCAGUUCGAGUCUGAUUGUCCACCAGCACAUCCACACUGGGGAGAGGCCCUGUGAGUGUGGGGAAUGUGGGAAGACCUUCAGUCAGAGCUCCCACCUCAUCUCCCACCAGCGGAUCCACACUGGGAAGAGGCCCUAUGAGUGUUCUGAGUGUGGAAAGAGGUUUCAGACCAGGUCCAAUCUCCUCCUGCACCAGCGGAUUCACAGGGAUGAGAGGCCCUUCCGCUGCCCUGAAUGCGGGAAGGGCUUCAAACGCAACUCUCACCUCAUCAGGCACCAGCGCAUCCACACUGGGGAGAGGCCCUACGAGUGUUCCCAGUGUGGGAAGAGCUUCUCCACAAGCUCUGACUUGACCCGACACCAACGGAGGCACCAGUAAGGGAAGUUCCAUGAGUGCCCUGACUGCAGCAAAUGCUUCGUCCGCUGCUCCAACUUCAUCCUCCAUCACAGGACCCAGUUUGGGAAGAGCCCUGGUGACCCACAUUCCCAGUGAUCCACAUUGGGAAGACACCUGUCCCUUUCUCUGCCCCUGGGACUGACGUUAGCUGGGAUGGAAGAACAUGAGGGUCUGGCCAUGCCCCUGUCAUUAUAUCUGAUCCCAUCUCAGGUCAUUGCCAGCGACAGGGAAAGGGACUCUUUCCUCUCUCCUAAGGGAAGAAGGAUGUUCUUUCUGGGCAGGAAAAAAUACAUGAUCAGGAGGAGCCCAUGGGUGCUGUGGGAGUUUUGCAUGUAAAAUGUUUGUUUGAGUUAUCCCUUCUUUUAUCAACAUUGUUGCUGUUCCUGUUGGUUCCUUAUCUCGUUGCUGCUCCCAGUAAAU